GUAACGGCCGCCAUCAUGGCAAAGUUGAUCGAAAGGGAGAACCAAGAGGGUACUUAAUUUUCCCCAUUUCUCCCCCUCUCUCCAUGAGUAACACCUUCAAAACUUAAGACAUCAUGGAGGAGAGAUCAGAGGGCUUGAGGCUAUGGAGAAACAAGUUGGAUGACAUUGUGAGCCUUGCAUCGCAGCUCCAGCCUGAGGACCACAAAGUCGCAGCAGAAAUCUGGUUUGCGGCACUAAAACAGAUCCAGACGCUGUGGAGCAAGGCCCAGCUGUCUCCGUCUCGUGAGCAGUGUGUGAGUGAGCUGUCAUCUCUUGAAGAUGUUAAUUCAUUAUCAACAAGAAAAACUACAGUAUUUCCAGAUGAAGAUAAUGCAACAUCAAUCAACAUAUCAAACCAGAACAUUAAUAGAAGAAAUGGCAAAGAAGGAAGACGGGACAUCAUGUACCCGCAGCAUCCCUCAAGUCCUUCGGCUGCUAAGAAGAUCAAGAAAGAGCAUCAGGACCCGGAGGAGGAGAUGGACGAGCAGGACAUAUGCACUGCCAAGACCCUGGUCAAGCAAGAGGUCAUGAACGGGGAGGAAAGCCAGAGAAACAGCGGGGAUGAGAACGAGGUGCAAUCUGUUCACUUAAUGAUAUCUGCUGAUCCAGUGCUGGUACCAAAUAUGAGCAAGUUUAAAAAGGUUCAGAAGAGCAAUGCCUCAGGUAAAACAGAAACUGCCUACCAGUGCGAGAAAUGCCCCAAGCAGUACCGAACACCUGUAGCUUUGUACAAACAUAGAUCAACACACACCAAAAAUUUAGAAUGUCAGAUCUGUCACCAAAGAUUGUCAAAUCGACAUGCUCUCAAUGCACACAAGAGAACGCACACAGGGGAAAGGCCAUAUGAGUGCACCAAGUGCUCUUCCAGGUUCACUACUCGUGGUAAUUUAGCACGACACAUUGCGGGCCAUGAAGGGAAAAAGCCGUGGCAGUGUGACAUCUGCGGCAAGAGAUACACUGAGAAGAAGUCUGUGAAGGUCCACAUGCGCACUCACACAGGAGAGAAGCCUUAUGCAUGUUCAGUGUGUCCCAAACGAUUCUCACAGUCAGGAAUCCUGCAGGCACAUAUGUUAAUACACACAGACCAAUAUGCACAUCUAUGUGAUGUGUGUGGACGCUCAUUUCGGCAGCGAUCUCAACUCAUAACCCACCAUCUGCGUCAUGAAGGGGUCAGGCCCUACUCAUGUACUGAGUGUGAAAGGAAAUUCACAACCAAAGGAGACAUGGAGAGACACAUGCGCACUCAUACUGGGGAACGGCCCUACCAUUGUGAUGUGUGUGGCUCUUCCUUUGCUCGCCCUCAAACACUUCAGGAACACAAGAACAGGCACUACAACUUCAAGCCAUAUGUUUGCAAGAUAUGUGGCAAAAGCUUCCAUGAACUUGCUGCCUGUUCUCGACAUGUCAAGGGCCAGCAUGGGAGGGAGCCAGCUGCAGCAAGUAUAAUCAGAUUGAACAGUCAAAAUCAACAAGAAGGCAGAAAAGAGAGAAUUCUCUUGGCACAUGUUCAUCAAACACCAUAUCUUUGUCAUGCAUACAGCUGAUAGUGAAGAAACAAAGCUCAUUACAAUUGCUGAACAAUCAGUAACACACGCAGAGACUAUCAGCAGGCAAGGUUCUGCAGUGACUUGUGAGGGGUGUGGCACUCUGAUGUCUUCCAUGGCGGUACUGAAGAACCAUGCGAGGCAGUGCAAGGCUCAGGCUGGAGUGUCAGUGGCUGAGUGGCUGGUCCACGGGAGUGCAGGAAGCCCCAGCAGCGGCAUGGAGAUCACAGUUGGGGGCGAGAGUGGAGCUAGUGGGGACCUAGGAUGUGUGGAGGAGAGCAGCAGCGGCCUGGAGUGUGUCAAGGAGGUGGAUGGCUCAGGACUGAGCCACGCCGUCACCAUCAGUGAGGAUGGCAGCAUCACCUCAGUGCCUCUGUCACAACUUGCACCAUUGCAUUUGCAGUUGGAAAAUGACUACAUGGUAGUGCUCAGUGACGACACAAGAGCACCAGAAGCAACUUCCUCUUUCCAAACACAAGACUUGCAGCAGGUUGAUGAGUCAACUCUCACAGGAACUGACUCUGAGACAUCACAACCAAGAAUAACACUCGUGUCUUCACUACUCAGCCAGUAAUGCUGUUGCCUCUAAGUUCAAUGAGCUGUAUACUGCCAAUUUCAAAGCAUGAAAAGUGUAUAUUUUAUUCCAUAUAAGGAUUUCUGAAACGAGGAUCUCAAGGAAAACUUUGAUCUUGUACCUAAGAAUGGCGUUUAUUUGAAUGCAUAAAUUGUUGUUUAGCAACAUUCCAUUUCUUUUCUUCUGUACCUACAUAUAGAAAGAAAGAAUUAUACUGUAUUUAUAUGACAAAAUAUUUAAAAAGUAUCUUUUGA